AUGCAGAUAGAGCUUGCCCCUUCAGAGAUCGUUACGGAAGUUUCUGGGACAGUUGGUGUCUUUGCAGAAGACAAUGUCGAAUAUAAUGCUAUAGCAUCCCUCACCAUUACCACAAACCUACGCCCGUACGGUCCCUUCGGAAAAACACAGAGCACUCCUUUCAGUGUUCCAGUGCAGGCCAAUAAUAACAUCGUGGGUUUCUUCGCGUGCGCUGGUAAGUACGUGGAGGCGCUCGGGGUUUACGUACGUUCACCCAUCUCAACCUAG